AUGUGCUGCCUCACCCAUGUGCUGGCGCUGGCGCUGGUGCUGGGCGCUUCGUGGCAGGCGCUGCAUGGAGCUCCACUGGCCGAGCUCUCGGGGGACCACGACUUCCAGCUCUUCCUGCACAAGAACCUGGAGUUCACCCGCAAGAUCAGGGGGGACGUGGCUGCAUUGCAGCGCGUGGUGUGUGACACCUUCCAGCUGUGCACAGAGGAAGAGCUGCAGCUGGUACGGCCAGACCCACCCCUGAUGCAGGCACCGCUGGAUCAGUGCCUCAAGCGCGGCUUCCAGGCGGAGGUGUGCUUCAGUCAGAUCCGCGCCGGGCUGCACGCGUACCAGGACUCGCUGGGUGCCGUCCUGCAGCUGCUGCCCGAGCACACGGCGCUGGUGGAGACGCUGCAGUUGGACGCUGCCAACCUCUCCACCAACAUCCAGCAGCAGAUGGAGGACCUGGGCCUGGACACGGUGACGCUCCCAGCUGAGCACCGCAGCCCCCCGCCCGCCUUCUCCACCGACUUCCAGCAGCAGGUCGGAGGAUUCUUCAUCCUGGCCAACUUCCAGCGCUUCCUGGAGACGGCGUACCGUGCGCUGCGGCACCUCGCCCGCCUCUGA